AUGCUUAAGCACCAGGCAAGCCUUUUUGAGGCGAGGAACGACCUUGUCGAAGCCUCGCUGUACCUCGUCAAUGCGGCGCUCCUCGAUCCCAGUGAGUCCGCGUGGCGCGGCGCCGUGGCAGCGCUGCCACCCACGAAGCGGUACGUCGACGUUCUAUUCGACGAUCUAGCGGCCACUCCGCCUGGACGCCCUCUGCCUUCGGACAAGCUUGCCACGUUCGCGGCCGCUCUGGACAAGCACAUCUCUGUCAGCCUGCUGCGCCGCGGGCAGAGCUUACUCGCCGAGACGCCGCCGGGUGAGCGCCCGGCCGCAUUCUCCGAUUUCUCUGGGGCGAAGCGGCGCGUGAGCGAGGCGCUCAUGCGCUCGCACCAGACGCCCGAGGCUCGCUUCUUCGACCACAUGCACCUUGCGGUCGACGUGCUCCUCGGGUCGUGCGGCCGACGAAGGGGUAGGCCCAACUGUUGCAUUCCAUGGUGA